GACCUGUACAUAGGAAAUGAAAUGGGCUGCGGUUGUUUGUCGCUGUAAGAGCGGGCAUAGUAGAAGAAGAGUUUGAGCUGCUGUGAAGUGAGUAUGUCUCUUAGGGAUCCACCAUAUGAGCCUCCUUCUGUCUCAGAGCUGCAGGAGUUCCUGCUAGCAGACAGACGACCUACUGGACAUGUCAAUCAAGUCUGGCCAAACCUUUACAUAGGCAACGAGGUGGCAGCUCGUGACAAGGGCACUCUCCACAGUCUGGGCAUUACUCACAUUCUGAAUGCUGCUCAUGGACCCCCCAACCCGGGCCCCGGCCCCUGUUUCUACGUCAACACCGGCCCACGUUUCUACAGAGACAUGACAGUGGAUUAUUAUGGGGUGGAGGCAGAUGACGCAAUAGAGUUCAUCCUUAGUCCUUUCUUCUACCCAACAGCAAGAUACAUAAGAGCUGCACUGGCCAUGGGAGGACGGGUGUUUGUCCACUGUUUGAUGGGGGUGAGUCGCUCUGCAACCUUAGUGCUGGCCUUCCUCAUGAUCGCUGAGGGCCUGAGGCUGCAGGAGGCGGUGGCUGCCGUCAGGCCGCACAGAGACAUCUGCCCCAACCCAGGCUUCCUGCAGCAGCUCCGCAGCCUUGACAGGAGCCUGGAGAGGGAGAGGAGGAGAAGGCAACAGGCCCAAACACUAGGUCUCUCAAGCCAGGAGGAGGAAACACCAUCUCUGACAGAGCUGAGGCAAAUUCUCUGGACAAACAGGAAACCAGUGACACCUUUCAAUCAAGUCUGGCAGAACCUUUACAUCGGCGACGUGUCUGUGGCACGAGAUAAAGCCACACUCUCGUCUCUGGGUGUAACUCACAUACUGAACGCUGCAGCAGGUCGACAUCGGAUCAACACGGGUCAGCAGUUCUACAGUGACCUUGAAGUGGAAUACUACGGAGUAGAAGCUGCAGACCAUCCAGAGUUUAACCUCCGACCUUUCUUCAGCCCGGCUGCACAGUUCAUAGACAGUGCUCUUAAGAAAAAUGGGAAGGUGUUUGUCCAUUGUGCCAUGGGUGUCAGUCGCUCCGGAGCACUGGUUUUGGCUUAUCUGAUGAUCUGCCAGGGCCUAUCGCUGGUGGAGUCCAUCAUUGCCGUGCGUCUGAACCGAGACAUAGGACCCAACUCUGGAUUUCUGGAGCAGCUGAGGCAGCUGGAGCUGAGCCAGCAUCCACAGAGCAGACAGAUCACAGAGGAGGACCACAGUGACAUGUCCUGAUAAUGAGCUCAGAAACAUGCCAUUUCACUUUGUCAGGCACCUUGUUUUAUUGGAAUCCACAGUUUCUCUCAUAAUAAUUAAAUCUGACAAAUAGAAAUGUCAUCUGUGUGUCAUCUCUCAAUCUCAGUCUCAUGGCUACCCCUAUCUCUACCCCAGAAACAGUAAAAAGUAACGGCCGAAUGCUUUGAGUUUUAUGUCUCUGGAAAUAACUCUGCACUGACAAAUGCUAACUGAUCCCCGCACCUGUCCACACGUUACAGCUGGUACGAUGACAACAACAGAACAUGCCACUUGUACUAAACUACUUUUAUUUUUUGGCAUUGAUCCCCACAAGUUUAGUAUGUUUCUUUACCAAACAGGCUAAAGAAAUGUAAUCACUGUCACAUUAAAGGACUCAGAUCACAUUAGGA